AUGCAUCCGUUCGUGGUGCUCGUGAACGUUUGGGUGUUGCUCGGGCUGGGAAAAGAAAUCGAAGCCAGCUGGGAGGAAUGGUGGACGUACGAUGGCAUUUCAGGUCCGGCGUUCUGGGGCCUGAUCAACCCGCAGUGGAACAUGUGCAACAAGGGACGGCGCCAGUCCCCGAUCAACGUGGAGCCCGAGAAGCUACUGUUCGACCCGUACCUGCGAUCGCUGCACAUCGACAAGCACAAGAUCUCCGGCACGCUCCACAACACCGGCCAAUCGCUCGUCUUCCGGGUGGAGAAGGACACCAAGCAGCAUGUAAAUAUUUCGAGCGGCCCGCUCGCCUACCGCUACCAGUUCGAGGAGAUCUACUUCCACUACGGCACCGACAACCACCAGGGCUCCGAGCACCAGAUACACGGCUACAGCUUCCCCGGCGAGAUCCAGCUGUACGGGUUCAACAAGGAGCUGUACCACAACAUGUCCGAGGCGCAGCAUAAAGCGCAGGGCAUCGUCGGCAUCUCGCUCAUGCUGCAGAUCGGCGACACGCCGAACCCGGAGCUGCGGAUCAUCACCAGCGCCUUCAACAAGGUCCUGUACAAGGGAUCUUCCACGCCGAUCCGGCACAUCUCGCUGCGCUCGCUGCUGCCAAACACCGAACAGUACAUGACGUACGAAGGAUCCACCACGCACCCGGGCUGCUGGGAGAGCACGGUCUGGAUCAUCCUCAACAAACCGAUCUACAUCACCAAACAGGAGUUGUACGCCUUACGGAAGCUGAUGCAGGGCUCGGAGCAAACGCCGAAGGCACCGCUCGGGAACAACGCGCGGCCCCUGCAGGCCCUUCACCACCGCACCGUGCGGACGAACAUCGACUUUGCCAACACGGGCGCCAGCAAGACCCAGAGCUGCCCGACCAUGUACAAGGACAUGUACUACAAGGCGAACCGCUGGACGCCGGACGUGACGCCGCGGAACCGGCUCGCGGACAUCGACAGUGUGUUCCAGUCGCUCCCGUAG